AUGAAGUUCUUAUCAGCCGCUCUGACUCUGGUCGCCUUCGCACCGCUCCCCGGCCAAGUCUCGGCGGGCUCGGUGUCAUUUUUCGAUCCCUCCCAGGUCCCGAUCAAGGUCGACACCACCCAGGAUUUCCCGGUCAAGGGCGACAACCCGUUGAUGUACUGCACCAGCCCGGCCAAUUAUCUCCUCCAGAUCGACCAAGUGGACCUCUCACCCAACCCACCUAAACCAGGUCAAGCUCUCACCAUCAAAGCCAGCGGCACUUUGCUAGACAAGAUAGAGAAAGGCGCGACCGUCUCGCUGGAGGUGAAAUGGGGCUUGAUCACCUUGGUGAAACAGACGGUCGACCUGUGUGACCAGAUCAAGAAUGUCGAUCUCACGUGUCCUCUGGAGAAGGGCAAGAUGGUCUUGACGAAGAAGGUCGACUUGCCCAAGCAGAUCCCACCGGGCAAAUACUCUGUUCUGGCCGAUGUCUACACCAAGGACCAGCGGCAGGUGACCUGCCUCAAGGCCGACAAUCUCGAGUUUAAGAUGUAA